AUGAUCCAAACUGCCUGUUUCUUUCUCCUUCUUGCUGGCACUGUGUACUGUCAGAAUGACUACAGCCCAUGCGGCAAAAGUGGUAACAAAUUAGGCGUUUAUUACAGACGCCUUCCUACAAACUGCAGCUUGUAUGAUGUUUGUGUCGGCAACAUUCGUUUAGCUACAAUGGCUUGUGGUAAGGAGCUCGUUUUUUCCAACGCCGUUAGCAAUUGCGUCCGCGUCAAUGGAUUGUAUGAUGACUGCGAAGAAGAUGACGUACCAGGUGGUGUCUAUAGAGAGUUUUUUUUAAUAAUUUUCCUUUCUCGUAUCCUUUUCUCUUACCUUCGCUUCUUUCUUCUUCAAUAUCCUUUUUUUUUUUUAAUCGUUUUCUUUCUCAUUGCCCUUUUCUCUUACCUUCGCUUCUUUCUUCUUCAAUAUCCUUUUUUUUUUUUUAAUCGUUUUUCUUUCUCAUUGCCCUUUUCUCUUACCUUCGCUUCUUUCUUCUUCAAUAUCCUUUUUUCUUUUUUAAUCGUUUUUCUUUCUCAUUGCCCUUUUUCUUCUUUACCAAUAUCCUUUUUCUUUUUUAAUCGUUUUUCUUUUCAUUGCCUUUUCUCUUACCUUCCUUCUUUCUUUUCAAUAUCCUUUUUUCUUUUUAAUUUUUUCUUUUUUGCCCUUUUCUCUUACCUUGCUUUCUUCUUCAAUUCUUUUUCUUUUUUAAUCGUUUUUCUUUCUCAUUGCCCUUUUCUCUUACCUUCGCUUCUUUCUUCUUCAAUAUCCUUUUUUCUUUUUAAUCGUUUUUUCUUUUCAUUUGCCCUUUUCUCUUACCUUCCUUCUUUUUUUCAAUAUCCUUUUUUUUUUUUUAAUCGUUUUCUUUCUCAUUGCCCUUUUCUCUUACCUUCGCUUCUUUCUUUUUCAAUAUCCUUUUUUUUUUUAAUCGUUUUCUUUUUUUUCUCUUACCUUCCUUCUUUUCUUUUCAAUAUCCUUUUUCUUUUUUAA